AUGGCCUCGAAGGCAGGGCUGCCUUUGAGAGGGCCAGGUUUCGAAGUUGAACCGCCCGACAAGGCGAACUUUCGGUCAAUCGGUCGUGGGAAUGGCGGCGUGAUCAAGAAACGGAUCCCGGUCUACAUAAAGGAUGUGGAUCCCGCGACGCCGAGUAGCAUGCCGACCAAGUACCAGACCGUGCUUUACCGGAAGAACAGGGAGAAGCGCGGAUUCUCAUGCAGCACCACGCGAACUGCGCAGACAAGGGCUAUGGCCGAAGUCGUGCCAGGUCCGGGAGCUUAUGCUGGAGAUCUCGUGAUCCAAGAAUUAGAGGAGUCCACGAAGACUUCAACGAGCACCUCGUCCUCCGUAUCGCAGGUGGCCCUGCGCGGCCGGGGUACUUUUGCAUCGAGGACACCUAGGCUGGUACACCCCUCCAAGCAGCACGGUUAUGUGCCACCAGGUCCAGGGACAUACAUCAUGCGAGAUGUGCAGCGCGACUCCUCGCCAACAGCGGCCUUCUCUCUCCCGGGCCCAGGCAACCCUGCGAAGUUCAACGUGGUCGAGACGGAACCCGGCCCUGCGAGCUACCUGGGCCCCGACGAUGCGGUGCCACCCAUCGGCUGUCAAGGUGCUCGUGCAGUCUUCGGCAGCAGCCCGCGUGCCACGCAGCAGGUAAGGGAUCCAGACCUUCCCGGACCUGGGCAGUAUGAUCAGAUAGACGGAGAGGAGAGACUGAGGAGCACUCGACCCAGCCAGAAACAGCUGAGUCCGAGGCCAGAGCCACUGACAGAUCUGGAAACGCUGAAGCUGAGGCGUGGGGAAGAGAUUCUGAAGAGCAACACAAGUGAGGACGUGAGCUCGCCUGGGCCUGGUCAAUACACCCCACGGCUGGAGGCGGUUCGAGGUCCUAAGCAAUUCAAUGCUCGGGGGCACAGCUCCUUCCACAUCGGCAACUCGCACCUCCCAAGGAAAUGGCGCCAGCCCGGGCCGGGUCCGACGGACUACGUGCCGCCCAUCGGCCAGGCGCGGCCGCGCGACGCGCCCUGGCCUCUGAGCACCUUGGCCUCCAGCUCCGAGCGCUUCGCGAAGCAGCAGGGGAGCGGGGCUCCUGGGCCGGCGUUCUACAGCCCCAAGCACGAGCCGGGUGCCGUCUCUUUCCAUCUGAACAUGCAGCAAACUUGGGUUUAG